AUGGGUGACGAGGAGCCUCAGGAAGAGGCUGACUCCAGUCUGUCAUGGCAGGACUUACCUGAGUGUGUCAAGAAGGCUCUUGAUCAGGAGUCGCGACAGCCCUCUCCCGAGAUUUUGUCGAACUUGUUUUCAGAUGAUUCAGACAUCAAAGAUUUUGUGGAAUCACUGGGACUUACAAUGGGCUCAGCUGAAUGGUUCAGUGCAUGCGAAAUACUUGAAAAGGUUUGCUCUGAUGUAUCACCGGCUGCAGAUCGCGUCUUGAGGACUAGAGCGGUGCAAGGUCAGCUGGCGCAAACGUCCUCAUCGAUUUCGGCUGGGCCUCAGCAGCAGCUUGAAGUGGGCACUGGGUGGCUUCAGACAAGAGCCGGUGCAAAGCGAUCCCUCACAGCGUGGCCGUGUCGGUUGGCCAAGAAACUUGCCUUGGCCAAGCACGAUCGUGCGAGGGCCGACGCUGAGGCUGCAGAGCUCCGACGCUGGAGGCAGGCUUUAGCGAAGGAGCUGAAAAGGGGGACAGUGUUCCCCUCGCAUCUGGGCCUCUUGAUGAAUUAUGUGGAAGAGCUGGCAGGAGUCAAGGCCGAGGCCUCCAUCUCCUCUCAUGUCCUGGUGCGGAAUUUGGUUCGGGUUCGCACUGCUGAGCUUGAAGCAGGGGCGCCGCCUACCAAGCAAGCUCCAGCGUUGGCCCUCAUCAUGGUCAUGUCUUUAGAGGCUGUGGUUGUGAACUCUGCGCAUAAGAAGUUCGUCAGAGCGUAUGCGUGGGCACGGCUAUUGAAACUAUGGACAUCUAGCAGGGCCAAUGACCUGCAGGGCAUUCUACCGGAGCAGAUGACGAUGUCUUCACAAGGAUUACGAGGAGUUUUCGAUAGAACGAAAACCUCGGGAGCUGACAAACGCAUCAGAUGGCUGCCGUUCUUUGUUUGCAAGGAUGCUUGGCUUUUGCAUAGCGAUUGGCUGGCUACCGGAUUUGAGAUCUGGGCUUCUGAUGGGUUUGCCUUCUCCAGGGAUUAUCUGGUGCCUCGACCUACAAAGGGACUGACCUCCUGCCUGCCAGUUAUGGCGAGCUAUGUGGAUAUGUCAACGAUGUCCAAGCAGCUCCUGUGGGAGCUAAAGCGGCCAGAGCUGACCGAGGCUGGGAGUGUGCGUCAUACUGAUGUUGCGCUUUUCGAGGAUCCGAGUGUUGUUGCUGCUUUUACCGAACAUUCCGAGAGAAACUUCAUUGCCACACUUGCGUCAUGGUCGGGUAUCGAUCGUGAGCGUCGUUCCUACUUGGGACGUUGGCAUGUCGUGGAAGCUUCAGAUGAGUACAUUCGGAGUGCUUGGUUCAUUGUCACUUCGCUGCAGCGACAUGUUAUUCAGAGCCUUUGCAGCAACCCCGCCUUUCUGGAGGUAGGUCUUGAUGAUUUGUUUCAGGCGCUACAGAGGGCCGGGGUCGAGAGCUCGGUGCGUGACAGGGCUCUUGAUCUCUUGCGGCCGUUGGAGGGCUGGGCCGAGUUUCGGGCCCAACAUCUCGCUGAAAGCAGCGGGAAGGGCAUCAAGCCUGGUGAUCUUGUGAUGCCUGCCAGGACGCCUGAGGUCAAAGAUGCAUGCAAGUUCUUUGUAUCUGUUCUAGGAAAGAAGAAGCUGCGGCGGCUUCAUCGUGUAGGUGGAUGCGGCAGCACGCCUGAGUCUGUGGCAAACUGUGAAUUGUUUGAGUCGCUGGAGGGCGUUUCUUAUGAUUGGCAAUGCAAGCACUGCUUCAAACCUGAGCAGGGACAGCAGGCAGCCCAGGCGGACGCUUCGGGUUCGGAGGACUUCUCCUCCAGCACCGCCGAUGAGGCACAGACCUCAGGAGAGAGCUCGAGCGAGUCGUGA